UUGGGAGCCGAAAGAACCGGCUUUUCUUGCCGAAACCUCUCAGUGUCUUCAUCAUGGGCAGCCUGAACACAUGUCAGCUAUGAGCUCAAGGAUGAUGUGGCAGUUAUACGACUCAAUGAUCCAACAGCCAAGGUGUGUGCGUGUAUCUGUGUGGGUGUGUGUGAACACACUGAGGUUAUGGGGGAGAUCUGGUCGAAUGGGGGCGUAAAAAGUGCUGUCUUCAUCUCCAAAAACCCUGGCUGCUUCAUUGCCGGGGCAGAUAUCAAAAUGAUCCAGGCCUGUAAGAGCAGUGAGGAGGUCACCUGUCUCUCCAGGGAAGGUCAAAAGAUGCUGGAGAAGAUUGAGAAAUCUCCCAUCCCUGUUGUCGCUGCCAUCCAUGGCUCAUGUCUGGGUGGAGGCCUGGAGCUUGCAAUAGCCUGCCAGUACCGAAUUUCCACAAAAAGCAACAAAACUGUCCUGGGGACACCAGAGGUCAUGCUGGGACUGCUGCCUGGAGCAGGCGGCACUCAGAGACUGCCUAAAAUGGUGUGUCUCACAGGAGCCUUUGACAUGAUGCUGACAGGCAAGAACAUCAGGGCUGAAAAAGCUAAGAAGAUGGGUUUAGUGCACCAGCUUGUGGAUCCUCUGGAGCUGCAGGAUGCAGUGAUGGACCUGGGUCCAGUUGUCCCUUCUCACUGCAUUUUUGUGAGCAACACCUCAGGUCUGCCCAUCAAAGACAUUGCUGCUGCCAGCCAAUGCCCGGAAAAUGUGAUUGGCAUGCGCUAUUUCUCCCCAGUAGAGAAGAUGCAGUUGUUGGAGAUCAUCACCACAGAUAAGGCGUCAACAGACACCUUGGCGUCUGGUGUCAAUGUGGGCCUCAAACAGGGGAAGGUUAUCAUUAUUGUCAAAGAUGGCCCAUGGUUUUACAUCACUCGCUGUUUAUUGUGGGUUUUUCUGGAAUAUAUAAGAAUUUUUCAGGAAGGCGUGGAGGUACAGAGACUGGAUGCCUUGUUAGAAAGCUUUGGUUUUCACACUGGAUUAUCAGUGGUGGCUGAUGAAGUUGGUCUUGGCAUAGCGUUACAUAUAUCAGAGAAUCUGUCCAAAGAGUUUGGUCCUUGUUAUGAAGGGGAUUUGGAGAUUGUCAGGAUCAUGGUAGAAAAAGGAUUCUGAGGUAAAAAAUCUGGAAAAGGCUUCUCUAUCUAUGGCAAGACAAGGGAAGAGCGGAAAACAAAUCCUGGAAUGGAAGAAAUCUUCAGGAACUACAAAAUGACAACUACUCUUGCAAUGUAUGACAAGAGCCUCUGGUCUGAUAUCUCGUAA